AUGUGCAAUACCAAAAUAGAGCUUGUGUACAGUAUUCGGGUUUCCUGCCAGCAAGUCUGCAGCAUGGAAGGACUCAACUCCUCUGUCGUCCCGUCUAACAUCUCCUCUGAUGGACAUCCACCUCUUGCCACCUGGGUCUCCACUAGGCUGAUCCCUGCAUUGGUGCUGUCCCUCUGCUUCCUGCUCGGAGUACCUGGAAACAUCGCUGUGAUCAUCCUCAGACCAAACUGGCAGCACCUGUCCAGUCUGAGCCAGAGUUUGAUGCUGAAUUUGGCCAUAUCAGAUCUGCUCUGCCUGGUCACCCUGCCCCUGUGGAUUUACACUUUGCUGUACAACUGGACCUUGGGCCUGGUGACCUGUAAGCUCUUGACAUAUGUGAUGUACUGCAGCCUUUAUGGCAGCCUGCUGACGGUGACGGCGCUGAGUGUCCAGCGCUACCUACAGGUGGUGAAGCUGCAGAAAAUCUUCAGUCAGGUUGGAAGGAAGAGGAUGCUGGUCCUCCUGUGGCUGACUGCGAUGAUCCUGUCCGUCCCUUCUUUAGUGAUUCGACAGCUGAUCACCGAAGACCACUUGAUCACCUGUGGUCCUCACUACUCCUCCCCGGGCCAGCAGGUGGCUGUGCUGCUGAUAGAGUCUCUGCCGGGGUUUGUUUCAAUAAUUGUUGUGGGAUUUUCAUACAUCAGCCUCCACAUAAAAGUAAACGAGGCAGCGCUCUUCAACAACCCACAGACGACCCGUCUGGUCACAAGUAUCAUCGUGACCUUUUUUGUGCUAUGGAUGCCGUAUCACAUCACAAAUAUGCUCAUUGUUGGAGCUAUUUCACGCAACGAUGACAACAUGUUGAAGUCUGGUAUGUACAUCCAAAGCAUUGUUGGAGCACUUGUUUUUGUAAAUAGCUUCAUGAAUCCACUCCUUUAUGCAUUUGCUUCUGGAAACAUGUGCACUGUGUGCAAAAAAAGGGAACAUGGAUACUGUUGUUAAUAAAGAAGCUCCCAUGUUGUAAGUCUUAUUGCAGAAUAAACUACAGGAAAGAGUGCAGAACUUUGAUGACGAUAGUGAAGAUUGAGAAAUUUUUGAAUUGUGUGUAUCCGCUUACCUUAACAACAUUGGGGGAACCGCACAUGCCCAUCUCGAACAAACUAAAACCUUUGUAUUAUUUGCUACUCUGCAAUUUAAAUGAUGAAAUCCAAAAGGUGCAGAAAGUUUUACUGAAAUACUUUCAGAUCCUUUAAAUAUACUAAAGACGUGUUUCUUCACUCCUCUUUGUGUUUUGUCGUUCUGUAUUAUCAGUGAUGAAAAUAAAUUCCGACUUGCAACCUUUAUCACUCACGUGAUCGAGUUCCUUUUAAUUCCGUG